GGGGGGAAAAAAAAAGUUAAUUUAUGCUUGAUAUGAAUUCUCCCGUUGUUCAUCGCACCUCCGAGUGUUUCAUCAAACCUCACUAUCCUCCACCGGAAUCCAAGAAGCCCUUCUACUUGGCACCAUGGGAUCUCGCUAUGCUCUCCGGCCACUACAUCCAAAAGGGCCUUCUCUUUGCCAAGCCUCCUCAAGCAACAAAGGAAGAUGGGAAUGGUUUCAUGGAAGCUCUACUCGGCAGGCUCAAGAACUCACUCUCCAAAGUGCUGGUUCACUUCUACCCGCUCGCAGGCCGUCUCAAGACGAUCAAAGGCGAAAACCCACCUUCCAUUUUGUUUUAUGUGGAUUGCAAUGAUAGCCCUGGAGGCAAAUUCAUCUAUGCAACUCUAGAUAUGAAUGUGUCUGAUAUCCUAUCACAGACUUAUGUGUCUCCUGUCGUUCAAUCAUUCUUUGACCAUCACAAAGCCGUCAACCAUGAUGGUCACACCAUGAGUUUGCUUUCUGUUCAGGUGACUGAAUUAGUUGAUGGCGUUUUCAUUGGAUGUUCCAUGAACCACUGCUUAGGUGAUGGAACUUCUUAUUGGAAUUUUUUCAACUCUUGGUCUGAGACCUUUCAAGCAAAGGGAGGUGAUAUUGUUAGUACCAUCUCAAUCUCGCGCCCACCGAUCUUCAAGCGUUGGUUUCCUGAGGGCCAUGGUCCAAUCAUUAAUCUCCCUUUUACCGAUCCUGAUGAGUUCAUCUCCCGGUUUGAAGCUCCGAAACUCAAGGAGAGAAUCUUUCAUUUCUCGGCAGAAUCAAUGACAAAGCUGAAAGAAAAGGCAAAUGCUGAGUGCAAUGUUGUCAACCAGGUCUCUUCCCUCCAAUCUUUGUCUGCACUUGUGUGGAGGUGCAUCACAAGGGCGCGUAAUCUACCACCUGAUCAGUCAACCAGUUGCAGGUUGGCUGCCAAUAACAGAUCAAGAUUAGAUCCACCAAUAUCUGAGAAUUACUUUGGGAAUUUUAUUAAUGGGCUGAAAGCAUUUGCCACGGCCAGUGAGUUGCUAGAUCGUGAUCUUGGAUGGGCUGCGCGGAAGGUGCAUCAGGCUGUUAUCAACUACAAUGACAAGGCGGUUCGCGAGUUUCUGGACUUCUUACUGCAGUCCCCAUUUGUGUUGCAAAUUGGUCAGAUUUUUGAUCCUUACAGCGUUGUCAUUGGGAGUUCACCUAGAUUCAACAAGUAUGGAAGUGAAUUUGGGAUGGGAAAAGCGUUGGCGCUUCGCAGCGGUUAUGCACACAAGUUUGAUGCUAAAGUAUCGUGCUAUCCAGGGCGUGAAGGAGGAGGAAGCGUUGAUUUGGAGAUAUGCCUUCUGCCGGAUACAAUGUGUGCCCUUGAGUCUGACAAGGAGUUCAUGGAAGCCGCCGGUUUAACGAUCAGUUGAACUGUAUUGAGGAAGAGCUAAACAAUGUCUCUAAUGAAAUAAAUACCCCGAGUUCGCCAUGUAAGGUGAAGGUAAUAAGCAAUAAAAUAUGUCCUCUUCUUGCAGA